GACAUUAACAAAGAAACGAACACAGCACCGAAAUGAGGAGACGUCAAACAGCUUGAACAGCCAACGUCAUCCAACUCACAAAAUUUAUUCAUUAUUAGGUGUAAUGUUUUUAUUAAAAAAAUAUUGUAAAUAGGUUUUCCAGACGUGAUUUAAGAUGGUUCUCAUAGCUGCUGCUGUCUGCACCAAGGCAGGCAAAACAAUCGUUUCGCGCCAAUUUGUCGAAAUGACUAAAGCACGAAUCGAAGGCCUGUUAGCCGCUUUUCCGAAACUGAUUCCAACAGGUACCCAACACACUUUCGUGGAAACCGAAUCGGUUCGCUACGUUUACCAGCCGCUGGAACGUCUGUACAUGCUCCUGAUCACCACUAGAGCCAGUAAUAUUCUGGAGGACCUGGAGACUCUUCGAUUGUUUGCCAGAGUGAUUCCAGAAUACUGUAGGUCCUUGGAGGAGAACGAAAUCGUCGAUAAUGCCUUCAAUUUGAUUUUCGCUUUCGACGAGAUCGUGGCCCUAGGGUAUAGGGAAAGCGUCAAUUUGUCCCAGAUUAGGACGUUCGUCGAAAUGGACUCUCACGAAGAAAAAGUCUACCAGGCUGUCAGACAAACGCAAGAGAGAGAGGCCAAACUUAAAAUGCGCGAAAAAGCAAAAGAAUUACAAAGGCAAAAGAUGGAACAGGCCAAAAGGGGCAUCAAACCGAGCUUCGGUAGCAGCGGCGGCUUCGGCACCAAUACCUCAAACAACACUUACACUCCUACAACGUCCGUCGAUGUCGUUAGUGUACAAAAUGACGUUAAACCACCGCAACAUAACGUUUCUCAAAAACGCGGUAUGAAGUUGGGAAGUAAAGGGAAAGACGUCGAAUCGUUUGUGGAUCAACUGAAAUCCGAGGGGGAGAAAGUUAUAGCACCGACAAUGAAUAACGUGCAGCCAGGCACUAAGACACCCACGAUUAAGUCGGAUGUUGACGACGUCCAUUUGAGGUUAGAAGAGAAGUUGAUAGUGCGCAUGGGCAGGGACGGAGGAGUGCAACAAUUCGAAGUGCUGGGUCUGGUCACUUUGCAUAUUGGAAACGAAAAAUGGGGCAGAAUCAGGAUCCAGUUAGAAAAUAAAGAUACUAGGGGCGUCCAGUUGCAAACCCAUCCGCAAGUCGAUAAGGAAUUGUUUAAGUUGCGCUCGCAAAUCGGUUUAAAACAAGCGGGCAAACCUUUCCCGUUACACUCCGACGUGGGGGUGCUUAAGUGGCGUUUACAGAACACGGACGAGGCUUUCGUGCCUUUAUUGAUCAAUUGUUGGCCAUCAGAAGCGGGAGAUGGCAGCUGUGACGUUAAUAUAGAAUACGAACUGGCCCAUACUAAUCUCGAACUUGCCGAUGUUAAUAUUUCAAUUCCUUUGCCUAUUGGUUGUUCGCCUACCGUAGGCGAAUGUGACGGCACAUACACACAUGAAUCCAGAAAAAAUCAACUAGUUUGGAGUUUACCGUUCAUAGAUGCCAGUAAUAAGAGCGGAUCAUUAGAGUUUAACGCGUCCAGAGCUAUACCCGGAGAUUUCUUCCCUCUCACAGUGUCUUUUACUUCUAAGACCUCCUAUGCUAGUAUUAAGAUAAUCGAUGUGCUCAUGGUGGACGACGAUUCUCCAGUGAAACACUCCGUGGAAGCCGUACUAUAUCCCGAGAAAUAUGAAAUAGUAUAAGAUGAAGCCGUGUUAAAAAUAUAGCUAUUAUUAUUGAAAUACAUUUAUUAAUAAUUUAUAGGCCACUUUGUAUAAAGUUUUACUAAAAACAAGUUUUUCGUUAUAUAUUUGAAAUGUUACUUUUUGUAUACAGAAAUAGGUAACUUCAAUUUAUUUCCCUUAUUAAAGUAUUAAGAGAUCA